AUGGAGAUGCCGACGACGCUUGUGAUCCGCGAGGAACCCGCCGCCCCCGCCGCCGCUGGGGGGCCAGCAGGGGGAGGCCUCGUCGUGGCCCUGCGGGAGCUGCUCGAGCUUAAGGACCGCCGCAUCCAGGCUUCGGCCUUCUUCUUCGCCUGGGGAGGCUCCGUGGUGCUCCACGGGACCGUGCUCAACCGUGCGGAUAAUCCGGAGCAUGUCCUGGCUGGAUACGGCCUGUUCGCCAUAGGUGCGGCCCUUGGGUUCCUCACGCUCAGCGGCUCUGACCGCCUCGGGCACGCUGCGGCUCGCGCCGAGGAAGUGCUCAAGGGAUUCUUCCAGUAG